AUGAGAGCACCCUACUCGCUGUCCUGCCUCUUCCUCCUGAGCCUGGGGACCUGCUUCCCUCCCAGCGAGCGGCGGGAGCCGGGACACCCCGGGGAGGGGACCCUGCUCGGUCCCAGGUGGCAACCCAGCGGCGAGGUGACCGGGCGCCGCUGGAGGGCAGGCCAGCGGAGGCGAAGCGAGGAGCUGGACACGCUGCUGGGCAUCGCCCGGGAGCUGCGGCUAACGGGCUCGCCCGGGGGCGGGCAGCGGACCGGGCUAAGGCUGGGGGGCUUCCGAGCGUGCUGCCCGCCGCGGUGGGGGAGAAGCGCAGCGGCCACCCUGGGCAACCUGGCCGAGGAGCUCAGCGGCUACAACAGGAGAAAAGGGGGCUUCACCUUCCGCUUCGGGAGAUGA